AUGUCAGGCCAAAACCAUUCUCACACACCAUAUACCUAUGAUCCUACAAGUUAUGUCUCCACAACUAACACAGCAGCUUCGUCUACUGGCGAUCUAUCCCAAUCAUAUUAUGGAUACGAUUAUGCAGCAUAUUCUUCUAGUGUUCCAUAUCAAAGCAGCACAAAUACUGGAGUUUACGAUGGCUAUGAUUACUCUACAUACGGUAGUAGUAAUUAUUAUUAUCCUACAACAGGAGUAUCGUCCACACCGAAAGCAUCUACAGCGACUGUGGUUGAAGCACCUCCAGCCAUUGUAAACACCGUCUCCAUGUCUUCAAAUUCAAGCAAAACUGGAAUUAUUCAUCAAGAGAGAGGAAUUAGUUCUGGUAUCCAUCAACCAAAGGACGACAUUAUAAGCGGGCAUAUUGACAUGCAAAGCGGAAUUAAUAAGCAAUCUACUUCAAAAAAGAAACCAAAGACAAUUAUUAGAGCAGCGGGAGGUGAAAUUUGGGAAGAUCCAACAUUACUAGAAUGGGACAUUAAUGACUUUCGCUUAUUUUGUGGUGAUCUCGGCAAUGAAGUCACGGACGAUAUCUUGUAUAAAGCGUUUAGCAAAUAUCCAUCUAUACAAAAAGCCAAGGUUAUCCGGGAUAAACGUACUAAUAAAAGCAAGGGUUAUGGAUUUGUAAGUUUUAAGGAUGCGGAUGAAUUUGUCAAAGCUUGGAAAGAAAUGAACGAAGAAUUAAAAAGAAGGGCUAAACAAUUGGAAAUGCAAAAAAAAGAAAUGCUCAAAAGAGGAAGUGGCACUUCGUUCGGAAGCAGUUUUGGUCAGUCUAUUAAUAGACCAUCUUCUUAUGCCGAACCACAACCUAUUUAUUCUAAUUUAUCUUUCUUAUCUAGUUCUCCGACUCCAACACCUUCUAAAGCUAAGGGUAUGCAAUUAGGCCGAAAACAGAAAGGUGCAGAUUUGUUUGAGGCUGUUAAGAAUGAAGUUGGAUUUGAUGAUGUAUCCGAAAAGGCUAGUGUUAAAGGUACAUCUAUUCCAAAGGUCCCCGUUGAAAGAGAUGGUGGCCUCGAGAAUUUAGAGGUAAAAGGGGAUUUGGAACUUACUAUUUCUGAUCCAAACAUGACACGAAUCAAGAUUUCUGUUCGUGCGGUUGAUGAUGGCAAUCUGCAGCUUAAGACACACCCGAAUGUUGACAAGAAAUUAUUUUCUACUGACAGCAUUAUUGCCUUAAAAAACCCUGGUAAAGGAUUCCCUGUUAAUCAGCCAUUGGGUGUUCUUAGAUGGCGAUUCAUUACAAAAGAUGAGACAUUAAUCCCGUUAUCAAAUGGAACGAUCGAUGUCAAUAUCGAAUAUGAAUUGGAAAGUGAGAAUCAAGAAUUUAAAGAAGUAAUGAUCUCCAUUCCAUUGCCUCCUGUUGGAAAUCCUGUUGUUGGUGAUGUUGAUGGCCAUUAUGAAGUAAAUAGGCAAACUAGAACCCUAGAAUGGCAAUUGCCUAUUAUCGAUGCAUCUAACAAACAAGGAUCGCUUGAGUUCAAUAUUGCGGGCGAUGAUGUUAAU